GUCGAGCUACAGUGGCUGUAGUCGAGCGUCGCACGAGCGAAAGCAGCGUUCGGUGGUUUGCGCACUUGAAGAGUGGUUGUCGUGAGACUUCUUUUUUAAAAAAUGGCAAGAGACACCUCAAAGACGAAACUUUCAAGGCACCUCCUCGACAUGAAGUUUAUGAAAAAAAGCAAGGAAAAGGCGCAAAAGGACGAGGAGGAUGAAGAACAUCGCUCAUUAUUCAACAGCGAUGCAAUGGACACCAUAAAAAAGGAGGGGUCACGUUACAUUAUUCAAGAAAGCUAUGCACCUUGCUUAGGCCUUGUUCUUCCUAGAAUGUCCUUUAAGGGCCGUAAUCCAGAAAUUGAGCGAUUAAUGCAAGGUGAAAAUGAAAAGGAGCCUCCAACAUGCAAAAUGCCUGGCAUUCCAGAUGAAGAAAUGGCUGAAAGGUACUCCACUCUUGUUGACACAAUGGCUAAAAAGUUUGACAAAAGAAAACAAGCCACCCAGUGUUCUCAAGAGAUGACUCACAAGACAAAAGUGCCGAAGCGCUUUAAGUUUCAGAAGCCAUCAGAUGAUUGAGCAGGCAAGAACUUUCCUGGUCGUACACAAGGACUUUGAGCUAUGUUCUCAUUGUACAUCUGUCAACAGCAGUUCACCUUUCAGCCUCAUUGCAUAAAGAUACCACAUUUGUGUUGCAUAACUGU